UGAACCAUAGAUAUCAUUUCCAGUUCGUGUUGUAUACACACGCUAUGAAAAAAUAAUUUUACUUCAAGAUAUAAAGAAAAAACACAAAUUACCAUUCAUAUUUAUUUAUUAUUUUACAAAAGACAAAUUAUUGUUCUUACAAGAUGGAAGUACUAAACGCUAGUUCAGCCCUUUUAAGUAAUUACGAAGUUUUUGAUAUGCUUCAAAGUAUGAAAUCGAAUAAAAAACAAAAAAUGACUCAAAAUCAAUUGGCAACUAUUACUUAUCAAACAAUAAGAUAUUUGGAAGAAACCCCCUGUAAGAAACAAACUCCUGAGAAAAUCAGAAAGUAUUUAGAAGCUAUGAAGCCUUUUAAUCUAACUAAAUCAGAAAAGUUGACUUUGUUAAACAUUUGUCCUAAAACGGCUCUCGAAAUUCAAUUGAUUAUAGAAGACAGCGAAGAACGUUUAAGCACUGAAGAAGUAGAAUCAUUAUUGGAAAUAAUUCAAAAUUGUUUCGAAGAACCGUUAGAUGAGCAAGAAGAAGAAGAGGGAUGCUAGAAAAUUAUGGAAUUUCUAAAAAUAGUAAGCAAAAUUUUUGUUAUUAUUUAUAUACAUUUUAUUUUUAAUAAACAUCAAUGUAAAUAGCAUAUUAAAUAUGUAUUUGUGCGAAU